CAACUUAAUCGAUAAUACAAAUGAACCACAACCUUAUUCAGUAAGUCUGAAAUGCCGAGGGCAGCCGUUUGUCCAUCCGCGCAUGCGCAGUUCAUGUCUACGUUAGCCGGUGCAGGACAACGUGACAAGCAUUGGCCUGGUGUAAAGAGACUGCCUUUUACGCCAGUGAGUCAUGGCCCAAUUUGGGGGACAGAAGAACCCGCCGUGGGCGACUCAAUUUGCUGCCACUUCGGUGUCCCAGCAAGGCCACUCCGUACCGACCCUUGACCUCAAUAGCCUGCAUUCUCUUGGUGUGCAGCAGCCAUCACUACUUGGAGCAUCCCCGUCUGUCUAUUCUCAACAGUCGGCCUUGGCUGCCGCCUCUCUCAGCAACCAAUCUGCUGCAAACUAUCAGCUGUCUCAGCAAAAUGCCGCCUUGCAGCAGCAGGCUGCAGCAGCUGCCGCAGCAGCACUACAGCAGUCUCAGCUCAAUACAGCGCUCCAGCAGUAUCAGCAACAACAACAUCAACAACAGCAGCAGCACCAGCAACAGCAGCAGCAGCAACAACAACAACAACAGCAGCACCAGCAGCAGCAGCAGCAACAACAACAACAACAGCAGCAGCAGCAACCCCCUCCGCAGCAACUGUACAAUGUACCACAUCAGCUUCCCCAGCCUCAACAGGCGCUGCUUUCUCAGCCCCCCGUCGCCCUGCCCACCAGCCUAAGUUUGUCCAACCCCCAGCAGACAGCGCAGAUUACUGUUUCCUACCCAACACCACGUUCAAGUCAUCAACAGCAGACGCAGCCACAGAAGCAGCGAGUCUUCACUGGUGUCGUCAACAAGUUACAUGACACAUUUGGCUUUGUAGAUGAAGAUGUCUUCUUUCAGCUUAGUGCUGUAAAGGGCAAAACUCCUCAGGUGGGUGACAGGGUCCUAGUGGAAGCUGUGUACAACCCCAACAUGCCCUUCAAGUGGAACGCCCAGCGCAUCCAGACCUUACCUCAGCUAGCAAACCAGUCGCAUCAGCAGCAGCCUUUACCUCAAGCUUCUCCACAGCUUGGCAGCCUUUACAGUGAGCAAGGGAUGCAGCUGCGGUACUCUGACAUGCACUCCGCUUUGGACAACAGACUAAAUAGCCACCCUCCACCUCCUAACAUGAUGAAGGCAGCACCUUCCAUGAUGCAGUCGCUUCCUCCCCCAACCACAUUCAGUGUUCCAACCCAGGCUCCCCCUCCGUCCCUCCUGCAGGCCCAGCUGUCUGCUGUCUCUCUGGCCCCUCUCCUCCAGAACCCUCCUCAGCCUCUGCUACCACAGCCUCUGCCCAAAGAUGUGUUUCAAGGGGGUCUGCUUCAACCCCCUGUGAGGCUCAUGCCACAGCCGCAGCCUGUACGGCGUAUUGAGCCUCCGCCUCGUUUCCCCAGUCGAAAUGACCGAGGCCCCGAGCUCAUCCUCAGGACAAAAGAGGAACGCAGUCGAGACAGAGAUCGUGAGCGCAGGCGGUCAAGAGAACGCUCGCCUACACGCAAACGCUCCAGAGAACGCUCUCCCAGGCGGGACCGCUCACCUCGCCGGCCUCGCAGGGUGGUACCUCGCUACACCGUCCAGUUUUCCAAAUUCAGCUUAGAUGGCUCCAACUGUGACAUGAUGGAGCUGAGAAGGCGCUACCAGAGCCUCUACAUUCCCAGCGACUUCUUCAAUGCCGUCUUCACCUGGGUGGAUGCCUUUCCUCUCACAAGACCUUUUGGGCUCAACAACGCCUGCAACUUCCACAUUUUACACAAAGAGGUAGAUCCUCUAGUCAAGAAUACGGCUGUGCUGGACCCUCCUGAUGCCAACCACACCUACAGUGCUAAGGUGAUGCUUCUGGCUAACCCGAGUAUAGAGGAGCUCUAUCACAAGUCCUGUGCUCUGGCAGAGGACUCCCAGGAAGUCAAAGACUCCUUCCAGCAUCCUGCAAGACUCAUCAAGUUUUUGGUGGGCAUGAGAGGUAAAGAUGAGGCUAUGGCCAUUGGUGGUCACUGGUCUCCCUCUCUGGAUGGAGCUGACCCAGAGAAAGAUCCCUCGGUCCUUAUAAAGACAGCUAUACGCUGUUGCAAGGCACUCACAGGCAUAGAUCUUAGUCUGUGCACUCAGUGGUAUCGUUUUGCAGAGAUUCGCUAUCAUCGGCCGGAGGAGACACACAAGGGGCGGACAGUCCCUGCUCAUGUGGAGACAGUGGUUUUGUUUCUUCCGGAUGUUUGGCAUUGUCUUCCCACCCGCUCAGAGUGGGAGGUGCUGUCACGGCGUCUUCGGGAGCAGCUGGCCGAGAAGCUGUCGGCCGAGCGAAAGGAGGCGGAUGGAGAACAGGAGGAGGAGGAGAAGGACGACGAUGAAUCAAAGGACGUUAGUAUUCCCACCCACUGGGCUAAACUUGACCCCAAGUCAAUGAAGGUUAAUGACCUGCGCAAAGAGCUCGAUUGUCGCUCUCUAAGUUCCAAGGGGUUAAAGUCGCAGCUGAUUGCCCGUCUUACCAAGCAGCUGAAGGUGGAGGAGCAGGUGGAGGAGUCUAAGGAGCCGGAGAAACCCGAGAUAAAGGUUGCUGAGGAGGAGCAGCCAUCUCGCACUGAAGAAGACCGAGAGGAGGAGGAGAAGAAAAAGCAGGAGGAGCUUGAGCGCCAGCGGAGAGAGAGACGCUACAUUCUCCCUGAUGAGCCCACCAUCAUCGUGCACCCAAACUGGGCCGCCAAGAACGGCAAGUUUGACUGCAGUGUAAUGUCCCUGAGUGUGCUGUUGGACUACAGACUGGAGGACAACAAGGAGCACUCCUUUGAGGUUUCCUUAUUCGCCGAGCUGUUUAACGAGAUGCUGCAGAGAGAUUUUGGCUACCGCAUAUAUAAAGUCCUGGCUGCUUUUCCAAACAAAGAUGACAAGAAGGAAAAGGAGAAGAAAGUCAAAAAGGAGAUGGAGAAGCGUGAAAUAAAAAAGGAAAAAGAAGAUGAGACGGAGGGUCCAGUAGUAAAGAAGAUUAAAGAAGAUGAGGACGAAAAGAAGAAGUGCGAUGAGAAGUCGGUGAAAAAGGAGUCGUCUAAAGAUGAAGAGGAGAAUGAAGAUGAUUGCAGCACGGCCAAUGCUGAGGAAUAUGACCCCAUGGAGGCUGAAGAGGCAGAGGAUGACGAUGAUGAUGACAAUAAUGAUGACGACUCCAAUGACAGGGACAGGAAAGACCGUAAGGACGACCGCAAGUCGUCCAAAGAGAGGUCCUCUAAAGACAAGACGAGUCUGUCGUUGUCACACCAGGAGAAGAAGCAGAUGGUCACACACAACCGGGAGCUGCUGAUGGCCUUUGUCUACUUUGACCAAAGCCACUGUGGCUAUUUGCUGGAGAGAGACCUGGAGGAGAUCUUGUACACUCUGGGACUGCACCUUUCUCGCGCUCAGAUAAAGAAGCUGUUAAACAAGCCGGUGGUCAGAGAGUCCUGUUACUACCGUAAACUGACUGACAGGGGGAAAGAUGAGCCUAUUCCUUUCUUCAAUGAAGCUUAUAUUGAAAACCUCAUAGGUAACCGAGGACUACUUCCCGCUUCUAAAGCUUGUGCGCAGUCAGAGGCCAGUGAGUCCGGAAAUCUGAUCGUGUAUAACGGAGCCAUGGUUGACAUUGGCAGCAUGAUGCAGAAACUGGAGAAGAGUGAGAAAGCAAGAGAGGAAAUAGAACAGAAGCUCAUGGUGCAGGAUGCCAAAAUGGAUGAAGAUUCAAAGAUUAAAGCUCAGGUGGAGGAAACUAACAAAGCCUUGUCCAAGGAGCUGGAGGAGGUGAAAAGCACCCUGAGCCACACGGAGCAGACUCUCAAGGCCACUGACGCGCAGAAGAACAUCUACCUCGAGCAGAUCAGCAAGACGUCCAGCUCCUUGACCUCCAGCGUCAAGGAGCUGCUGGCAGUGAUGAAGAAGGAUGGGGAAGUAGAGGAGCCUGGGGAUGAAGUCACUGGCGACCACAUUCAGACGCCUCAGACAAACGGAGCCAAUGAAUGAAUGAGGGACAUUUGAAAUACAUAAAGUUGUAAUAAGCGAAAAGCUUACAAAUUGUAAAUAUUCACUAAACAAGCCUUCUUUGGCCGUGUUUUAUUUGGACUUAAUGUCUCCCACGUACAUGUAUGACUUGUUUGAUGAAAAGUGUUAAUUGGAACCCGGUUUCUUUGUGCAAUAGAUUUGUUAUCAAGACGUUACCUCUUACCUAGAAUAAUUUGAAAUGCGGCAAAGCUCUGAAAAGCUGAUUUUUGGAUUAUAGUAAAUUAAGUUGCUAACCUUUCGUUUUGCCAUCGCUUUAGCUCUAUUAGUCAAUAAAAUGCUUUGUUGUAGAUUACAAUGCCAGUUUGUGAGAGUUGUACUUUGCGAAUAUGUUGGUUUUUCUAAUGAGCAAUAAUGACGCUAUUUAUGUUCAAGAUAAUUCAUUAAAAAAUGUAUAUUUAAAAUGCACUAAUUUAGGAUAGAAAGCGGUUUCUUGGGGUUAUGACAUGAUUUUUUUGAAAAAAUCGCCCCAAACCUGCUGUGAAUCUACAACUGUGUUCAAUAAACAUUAAUUUUGUAGUUCUUCGGUUUGGCUGUGUAACUGUUUUUUGUUUUCUUCACAUAUGGCUAUGCACGGUUCCUGCUUCUCUUGGACCUUUUUCUGUCAGCAACUCUUGACUUAAUCCACCGACUGCUGCACUGUUUCGUGUUUUACUGUGACGAGCAUCCGUCUCGUCAGGAAGAGGAAACUACAUACAAACCAAAACAUUAACUCAACGCGUGUUCUGCUGAACAAAUCUUCUGAACAAUUUGAAAUUCAUCUCCGAACUUGUGUACGUUGGUUUUGGGUUUCUCUGGAAAAGCAGCACAAUUGUGACAAAAUGUGCUCCAAAGAAGGCAAUUUUAUUUUUGAUAUUAAAUACGUGCUGGAUGUGUUGUGCAAGAGUAAAGUGGUCCAUUUUAACACUA